CCUUUUUUUCUCCCGGCGGGACCCUUCACUCAUCCUAUUUAUACCAUCUCCCAAAUGCUCCAAGAAGUGCACAUUCCAUUGUAUGAAUCCACUGUAAAUAUACAAUACUACCCUUUUCUAUACUCUCUCAUUAUAUUGUUGUUCAUCACAUAUACACAAAUCAUAUCCAAGAAGUGGCGAUGGCGGCUUUUCAUGGUCGUCGUCAUCGUGAGCUCGGAGUUGUUCUUUCUCUCACACUACUAACGCAAAUUCUGACGAUGGUUUCGAGAAGCCAUGCUCAGGGUCCUCCCUCCCCAGGAUACUACCCGAGCUCGAAAGUGGGAUCCAUAUGGUUUAACCAGUAUUUCGCCAGCUAUUGGGGCUCCCAACACCAGUCUCUUAGUAACCAGGGUGCUUUGACCAUAUGGCUCGAUCAUACCACAGGUCCCCGCACCCUAUUUACAUUUCUUUACUGUCAAUAUAUAAUCUCACCGUUCUAUAAUUUAGAAAAAAAUUACUGGAUGCUCUUAUGUUACGGGUAAAAUGAAGGGAGUCGAUCUCACCCUAUGUCCGGCUUGGUGUUUGAUUCUCGAUCACUUAGCUUUGACAUGUGUGUUAGUUUUUUUUAAUUAAACGAGAUAGAAAUAAUGUGAGUUAUAAAAUAUUUAUGUAAAAAGGGUAAAACAAAAUACUGGUAAAAUUUUGAAAUAAGCAAGUUGAAAGAGAACAAAAUUAGGAGAAAGGGGUAUAAAUGGUGAUGGUGAUUCACUCUUGGCUUUCUUCAAUUAAUUUGUCUCUUGGACUGGCUGGUACGUAGUGGGUAGUGGUGGGGUGUCCCCAUUAUGGAGUUGUUUUGGUACUUUGCAUAAAUUGUACGUUUAAAUUGUUUUUUAGAAAGUCAUUUAGUUGAACUUGACAAAGAUAUCACUUUCUCACCACUUUGUCCAUUGGUCAUAUGUCCCAUUUUACUAUCUUAGUCCUUUUCAUUUUUUUUAUCAUAUGCUUAUGUGUGGUCUUUAAUUAAAACUCUAUUUUAUACAUAUCAAAUGGGGAAUUUAUAAUAGAGUAAUUUACCUAAAUAGGAAUAAAACAUAAUGACUUUCUCAAAAUAGGACCAUAUGUUUUUAUUUCUCAAUGUAGGACCUUUGGUCAUUAUUAAUUAGUCAUUAUUCAAGUAAAUGUCCAUCAUUGUUGGGCAUUAUUCCUUCCACGAAUACAUUAUUAAGUCCUAUUUAGAGAAUAAAAAAGUUUAAGUCUUAGAUUAGAAAGUCAUUAUGUUUUAGUUUUAUGAGGAAUUUACUUAAAUAGCACUUAAACAUAAUGACU